GCGUGCGCAGUGCCGGCUCGGUUCUCGGUGCUGCUGACCUCUCCUACUCCGCUUCUGGAUGUGGGAUGUGUUUUCUGGUUGUUUGUCCUUGAUUUAAUACGGUGUGGUACAUUAGUGCAGCGGACGCAGCAGUGGUCGUACCAGGCCUCCUGACCUCCAUCAGAGUAUGUCCACCAUGGUUUACCCCCACGAGGAGAGACUAGAGAAGCUGACGCAGGAGGAGAUCAUCUCCAGCACUAAACUGGUGAUUCAGGGUCUGGAAGCUCUCAAGAGCGAGCACAACUCCAUCCUGCAGAGUCUGGUGGAGACCAUCCAGUGCUUAAAGAAAGAUGAGGAGGCCAGUUUGGUUCAUGAGAAGUCCAGCCUGCUGCGCAAGUCUGUGGAGAUGAUUGAGCUGGGCCUGGGUGAAGCGCAGGUGAUGAUGGCCCUGUCCAACCACUUGAACGCAGUGGAGUCAGAGAAGCAGAAGCUGCGUGCUCAGGUGCGACGGCUCUGUCAGGAGAACCAGUGGCUGAGGGACGAGCUGGCCAACACACAGCAGAAGCUCCAGAAGAGCGAACAGAGCGUCGCACAGCUGGAGGAGGAGAAGAAACAUCUGGAGUUCAUGAACCAGCUCAAGAAAUAUGAUGAUGGUGUCUCACCAGAGGAAGAGAAAAAUAGUGAGACUCCCAGAGAUGCCCUGGACGAUUUGUUUCCCAAUGAUGAAGACGACCAGGUCUCACACCGGCACAACAGCGCCGCGCUUGCUGCCGCUCAGCAGGGAGGGUAUGAGAUCCCAGCGCGCCUCAGGACCCUCCAUAACCUGGUGAUCCAGUAUGCCGCUCAGGGCCGCUACGAGGUGGCCGUGCCUCUCUGCAAACAGGCUCUGGAGGACCUGGAGAAAACCUCUGGACACGACCAUCCCGAUGUGGCCACCAUGCUCAACAUCCUGGCUCUGGUCUACAGGGACCAGAAUAAAUACAAGGAAGCUGCUCAUCUCCUUAAUGAUGCCCUGUCAAUCAGAGAGAAAACCCUGGGCAAUGACCACCCAGCUGUGGCAGCCACCCUAAACAACCUGGCGGUCCUGUACGGAAAGAGAGGAAAAUACAAGGAAGCAGAACCGCUGUGCAAGAGAGCCUUGGAGAUCAGAGAGAAGGUGUUGGGGCGGGAGCACCCAAACGUGGCCAAGCAGCUGAAUAAUCUGGCUCUGCUCUGUCAGAAUCAGGGGAAGUAUGAGGAGGUGGAGUAUUAUUACUGCAGGGCUCUAGAUAUCUACGAGAAAAAACUGGGACCUGACGACCCGAAUGUUGCCAAGACCAAAAACAACCUGGCUUCAUGCUAUCUGAAACAGGGCAAGUACAAGGAAGCUGAGAUCCUCUACAAAGAGAUCCUGACGCGCGCCCACGAGAAAGAGUUUGGAUCUGUAGAUGGUACGAUCAAUUCUUUUUCAGUCCCGGCUGAAGAGAAACUCCUCCACAACAGGAUUCUGCCACUGUAUCUUGUUCUUUGGCAGGGAAAGUUGGCAGAUGGGAAUCAUUAUGGGGAAUACGGAGGCUGGUACAAAGCCUGCAAGGUGAACAGCCCCACGGUAAACACCACGCUGAGGAACCUGGGUGCUCUGUACCGUAAGCAGGGUAAAAUAGAGGCGGCUGAGACCCUAGAGGAGUGUGCCAUGAGGUCCCGCAGACAGGGAGCGGCAGUGGACCCUCAGAGAGAUGGAGAGAGGCGGAGGAGCACUGCAUCGAUCUCCAGCGUGAAGUACGACUGCAGCAGUGACGCCGGAGAAGAGGGCAGUGUGGAGUGGAAUGGGGACGGGUCUCUCAGGAGAAGCGGCUCUUUCGGUAAGCUCAGGGAAGUCCUGCGCAGAAGCAGCGAGAUGCUGGUGAAGAAAAUCCAAGGAACCAUGCCACCAGAACCUCGCAACACAAACAUGAAGAGAGCCGCGUCCCUCGGCUACCUGAACAGUAACGGAGAUGACGACGACUCUUUUCAGGGUUCAGGAGCAGCGAGGACGCUGAGAAACAGCAGGCCUCUGAGCUCAAGCACAGUGGAGCUGUACAAAAGCACAGACCAAUGAAAAAUACAUACAUGUUCUGACUCAUUUCUUACUAGAUUUGUAGGAGGAUUUGGUUCAUGUGCUUUCAAUCAUGAACGCUUUUGGCUUUACACACUCGUAUAAAUCAUGCAUGUUUCUUUUUCUUCAAGGAAUA